GGCUGUCUAAAGAAAAGUCAUUGGCAAUUUGGCAUCUUCAGAAGUUUCUCCUUACUUUAACAAUCUUUCAUGGAUCUUUAUGGUCAUACUUUGAUUAAAAAAUAGAUAAGGCUUUUUACUGUCCACUGUAUAGAUUACACGGUGUUAUUCGAUUAAAAAAUAGAUAACGUUUCACUUUGUAAAUUAAAUGAUACUAUUGGGCUCUGUGCACUUUGUAGAUUAAACGGUGUUAUUUGAUUAAAAAAUAGAUGAAGUUUUUUUUUACGACUUUCUUUGUAGAUUAAACGGUAUUGUUGAGUCCGUGAUGUGAUUAGGUAUUUUAAUUAUUUUAGUAUAAAAAAAAAAAAACCUACAUGCCAAACACCUCCUAAGGAUCUUCUGUAACCUCCAUUUGAGAACUAACCGUUCCGGUUCAUCCAUGGACUCCAACAGAUUCAGUUGUUCUUCCAUUUUUCUCUUCAUCUCAAGCUUUGUGUUUCCUGCAAUGGUUGCCGCCGCCAUUGGCAUCAACUACGGUGAAGUUGCGAACAACCUUCCCUCGCCUGAAAAUGUAAUACCGCUUGUUCGAUCCAUCGGUGCGACUAAACUCAAGCUCUACAGCGAAAAUCCACGAAUUCUCAAAGCAUUCGCAAACACGGGGAUCGAAAUCAUCGUAGGACUAGGAAACCAGUACUUAGCCAAGAUGAGUGAUCCUGAUCAGGCCCAAGCUUGGGUGAGGAACAACAUUCAAUCAUACUUGCCUUCCACUAAAAUCACAUGCAUCACAGUCGGAAACAUAGUUUUGACAUUCAACGACACUUCUCUCAUCGACAAUCUCCUCCCGGCGAUGCAGAACAUCCACACAGCGCUGGUGAACCUAAAUCUAGACAAGCAAAUCUGUGUCACUACGGCACACACUCUCGCGAUACUCGAAACGUCAGAUCCGCCGUCUUCCGGAGCUUUCCGGCGAGAUCUCAGCGGACGAAUCGCUCAGAUAUUGGAUUUCCAUGUCAAAACCGGAUCGCCGAUCUUCAUCAAUGCAUAUCCUUAUCUUGCGUACAAGUCUAAUCCGAAGCGAUUCCCGAUCGAUUUCGUUCUGUUUGAGGCUAAUUCAGGGAUUGUAGAUCCGAUCUCGAAUCUUCGCUACGAUAACAUGUUGUUUGCUCAGAUAGACGCUGUGUACUUUGCUAUGGCUUCGUUAGGGUACGGGACGGUUUCGUUGGAGAUCUCGGAGACCGGUUGGCCUUCGAAGGGAGACGAAGAGGAAGAAGGAGCGAAUAUAGAGAAUGCGAAGAAGUAUAAUAGCAAUCUGAUGAAGAUGAUUGAUGAUGAGAAGAAGGGGACGCCGUUGAGGCCGAAUUCGGAGAUGAAUGUGUAUGUGUUUGCUCUGUUCAAUGAGAACAUGAAGCCAGGGCCGACAUCAGAGAGGAAUUUCGGGUUGUUCAUGGCCGAUGGGACGCCGGCGUAUUCACUCGGACUCGACAGAGGUCCAACUACGAGUUUCGGAAUGCAGACUCGGAGACUGAGUCCACUGCUUCUUUGUCUCUUCUCUCUUCAUUACAUUUUGCAUGCUGUAAUUGGUUCAGUUUUUGGUUUUGGCGGGUGGGGUUAAUAAUAUCCCACUAUUUUAAAAAAAAAAUACACUGUCUCACUGUUUUUUCACUCAUUACUACCAUUGCUUUCAAACUGACCCUUAUUUCCUGAUUGACCCCUUUAUUAGAAUAAACUCUUAUGCCACAAUUAA